CUCGCACAGCCCAGGGGUCUCAGGAGUGCUGUGUUCAGAUAACCAAGGACUGUGUCUGGGUGUUCGAGGGAAGGCCUCUGCAUCUUCCUCGGGAGUGAUUUCAGCUGUUGCAGAGAAGGCAGCCAUGUUGGAACCAGGAAGCCCACAGCCAGUUGUGCUUCUUGAGUCAGACACUAGCCAGUGCCUGAUUCACCGAAGCAAUGGAGUCACGCUUGCUGUUUUCAAGAGUCCGGAGACCACCUAGAGUUGUGGCUUCAUUUGUUAUCUGGGAUACAAGUUCCAAUGCUUCCUGGAGACUUCCCAUUAGGAUAUUGAUCCAGUAUUUUAGUUUGGAAAUGUUUCAAGUGCUGCAAACAAAGUAAAGGUUGCAUUAUCUUAGGUAAUUUUUAAAAAUCUAUUAUCAUGUCUAUUUGACUGAGUUUGUUAUAAUCUCUGUGCAGAAUAAAGUAAUUAUUUCCUCGUUUUUUUAAGUAUGUUACAGACCAUUGGUAAUUUAUAGAUGAUUUCCUGUAUGUAACAAUUUAGUUAAAUAAAGUUAGAUAUAACUAAAAAUCAUGUUGAUAGUUUUAAGUUCUCAUAUGCAUUAUUUUUUAUCACUGAUUACAUCCAAUAAAGUGUAUCAUUAAUAUCAAAUCUGAUGUCAAUAAGAAAUAAAGGCCUUGUUUAAUUAAAUAUUUAUAUGUAUAUUCUGUACUGAAAGCAUGGGUCUAACCUUUUAGAAAUAUUGAACAAAUAACCAUCAACAUAGUUUCUUAUCAACCUUUUGCAUGAGAAAUUAAGUGUUUGUGUGGAUUGAACUGUGUAUAUUUGAAGUAUGUAUUUUCUGGGAAAUACUGUAUUCUGAUGAACUAUUAAUAAAAUUUCAUAGACAUAUACUUGUAUGUGGGUGCAUGUAUAGUGAUACAAGUGUAAAUGAAAUAAAAUCAUACUUUCAGA